UUAGUCGGCCUUUAACCAGAAUGUACAAAUUGUCGGAGCUGCUGCCUGUAUUGGGCUUAGUGAUUACGGUAAUUGUGAAGACACAAGCGAAAGGAUAUUAUACUAUAACUUCACCGGGCAGCAUAAGACCCAACUCUAAAUACAGUAUAUAUGUGAGUGUUUAUGAGGUACAGGAUAAUGCGAGAAUCGCUCUCACUCUGAAGGGGUCACAAUUUAGCAAAAAUACCGAAAUCGUGUUGCCACCUAAUUCCGGAGGAAGUGCAAAUUUUGAAUUCGUUGAUAUAAAAAAUGGCACAUAUACAUUGAUAGCGCACGGAAUUUCGGGAAUUAUUUUUGAGAAUUCCGCGAAUCUGGAAUACGUAGAAAAUCUACCAAUGGUAUAUUUGCAAACUGAUAAGGCACUCUACAAAUUCGGAGAUACUAUACAAUUUCGUGCAAUAUUCCUAGAUCAGUACUUGCUACCAGCAAAGGUCAACCAACAAAUAUCUGUUGUUUUAAAGGAUUCGCAGAAUAAUACUAUUGAACGUUUCGAUGAUAUUGUGCUUAAUACCGGUGUAUACAAGGGAAAACUUAAGUUAGCUGAGCAAGUUGUUGCGGGCGAAUGGUCUGUGCAAGCGUUUGUAGGGCAGCAAAUGUUGACGGAAAAAAUUAUCGAGGUGAAAGAUUAUGAACCGCCACCAUUUGAGUUAGCCUUGGACAUACCCAGUUAUGUGACUUUAAACGAGAAUGCACUCGUCGUAGGUGUACGGGCGCGUUAUAACGUUAAUAGUCCUGUAUCAGGAAGCUGCGUAUUAUAUAUCAUUCCAGAAAGAAAGACCGCCAUAAGAAAGACAUAUCAACUUGAAAAUGGAAAUAAGGAAAUACCAAUAUAUCUAUACGAAAUAGGUAGAAUUAUACAAAAUGUUAUUGUAAAUGUCACAGUUGAAGAUAACGUACAUAACAUACGCACCCUUUCAAAGAUGGUAAGAGUUGUAGCACAUCUGCACGUAAUAAGCAUGCCAUCAAUGUCAUAUGAAUGCCAUGAACCAAAUGAAGUGUUCCUAUAUCGCGCUCUUAUUUACAAUUAUAACGGCGAUCCGAUUGAUGUGGAUGAUAACGUAUUUGUAACGUUGAAUCCGGGUACCAAUGGCGGCGCUGAGACAUUUGUUAGCCACGUCAAUGAUGGGGGUUAUAUUGAUGUGAAAAUUAAGUGCUCUAAUUAUAGAACCAUCAUGGUAUCUAUCAACUACGAAGGCUCACAAAAAUCGGGAAAAAUUGAACUAAAGCAACGAAACGAUAACAACAAGGAAGGAAUUCAUGUUAGCACACAGUUCCCAACUAUUGAUGGGCCUAUGGAAGUGCAUUUAGCAUCGCGGGAGCCCUUCCCCAGUUUUGUUUGUGUGAUUGUUGGACGGGGUAAUAUUGUGUAUAGUAAUAUUAUUGAAGUUCCCAACGGCGGCUGGAGCCAAACGCACACCUUCUUUAUAACACCGACUUAUGAAAUGAUGCCGGAAGCGCAUAUAUUUGUGUAUUUUAUAAAAAGGGGCAACAUGGUUUCCUACGAGACAACAUUUUCGGUAAAGAGCGCAUUCAAAAACACGCUCACCUUCGACACACCAGAAAUCAUCAAACCGGGUAUUGUUCUUUCCUUAAGUAUAUUUACUGAACCAAAUUCUUAUGUUGGUUUAUUGGGUAUGGAUAAAGACGCUUUAAUGUUAAAAACAGAAAAUGACUUGAAUACCAGACAAAUUUUCAAUGAUUUAUCAAAUGUGCAUUCCAAGACACUUGUAACCUUGACAAAUGCCAAUCACUAUUUAGUACACCAACCCAAGCCGAAAGAAAAAUUCCUAAUUUCAAAACAUAUCACGCCUCGUAAUUAUUUCGAAACCUUUGCAUUCAUCGAUUACGUAAGCACUACUGGUUAUGAUGAAGUACCUAUAAAGUUACCAACGACUUUCUUCAAAUCUUGGGUCAUAACAGGGUUUGCGCUUAGCCCAAAAACUGGGCUCACGCUUACGACUUCAAUGGCGAUGAAAACUGUGAAGAAUAUAUAUGUUGAUAUCGACUUGCCAAAUUUUGUGAAGAAGGGCAGCACUGUUAUUUUGGAAGCUGAGGUUCGCAAUUACUUACAGAAGAGAAUGCGAUGCGCUGUUUCGUUGGAAAAUAAAAAGAAUGAAUUUGAAUUUGCUACGGAAAACAAAUUCGCCAGGGAGAUUGUUUAUACGGAUGACAUUCAACCAGAAAAAUCCCAAAAAAUUGAUUUUCACAUACGACCUAGAGUUAGUGGCAUGAUUACAUUGAAAGUAUAUGCUUCAUGCCCUCUCGCAAGUUAUGUGAAUAUUAAGAAGCUGAGAAGCACAAGUGCAACGAAUAAAGCAAUUUAUGAAUCAGCAAAAAGUUAUCUGCAAAUUGGCUAUCAACGAGAACUCACCUACAAAGUUCCUGAUCAUUCGUUUAGUACCUGGGGUAAGGCGCCAGGUAAUACGUGGCUUACGGCUUAUGUUAUACGCAUUUUUAACGAAGCGAAGUCCUAUAUCUAUGUGGAUGAAAAUAUUCUUAAGAAUGGACUCGCUUUUCUAACAAGCAAACAACAAGGCGAUGGCAGUUUCAGAGAAGAUGGCAGUUUAUAUGAUUUUGUUACRCUCAAUAAAUUGAGUGUCACUGCAUCGGUGGUGCUCACUCUGCUGGAAAAUACGCAAUAUUCAGAUCAAUAUAAAAAAGUUAUUGAUGACGCUAUAGGAUAUAUUAGAAAUAACGUGAAGCAAAAUAGGGAUAUGCGUGCCACUGCAUUGUCUUUAUAUGUGCUGCAUCUGCGCAAGGAUCCCAUGGUUGAAGAGCUUUUGGGAAUAUUGGAAGCGAAAGCAAUGACUAGCGGUGACCAUAAAUGGUGGCAGCAUGGGCAGACGCCAGCGAAUAUUGAUGUUUAUAUAACCGGUUAUAUAUUAAUAACAAUGUUGGAAUUGAAAAAACCGGUUACACCCAUUAUCAAGUGGAUAGUGUCAAAACGUAAUAGUAACGGCGGUUUUGCAUCGACUUUCGAAACAGAGGUCGGUCUGCGCGCCUUAUCUAUUUAUGYCGCUCRAUAUAAGGAACAUGGCACUACUUUGGAUAUUGAUGUUUACUCGCAUAAGCAAUUGGUGCACACGUUCACAGUUGGCGAAAAGAAUAAAGAUAUUAACAAGAAAGUUGAGCUUCCUAAGAAUACCCGAGAACUGCAGUUUACUGCAACGGGAAGCGGCAAAGCGACUUUCCAAAUUUCAUAUCAAUACAAUACUUUGGAACCCUUAAGCGAUACUUUCCACAUAAAYUCUACCAUAUCUGAUACCGCGACUKCGAGAAAAAACUUGAAAGCCUGCAUGCAAUUAGUUGGUGAGAAACUUGAACAGUCUAAUAUGGCAAUAUUGGAAAUUAACCUGCCAACAAGUGACGAAUUUGGCGUCGACUGUUGUGACAUUAAGCUGCCGAAACAAGCAAAGAAAAUGGUUCGAAAAUCAAAACAACAACUUCAUGUGUACUUUGAAGGUAUAAAGCGAGAUGACAGUGAUUGCAUAGAAAUACCAGUGUCAAAGGAAUUUGAUGUGGACAAUCUAAAACCGGCGGUGAUUAGCAUGUAUGAUUACUACGAAAAGAAUUUGGUUGAUAAAUAUUUUUACCAAGUAACGCCAUAAUUGUAUUUCAUUAAUGCGAUGUAUUAAAACUAAUUCAGCUUUUAGAAUAAACCGUGUGUGAUAUGGGCACAAUAGACCCUAGGUCGAAGUGCAAUAUCUCAGUACUAACUAUCUA